AUGUCGUCAACAAAGGAAACUUACUUUAACCCUUCUGAGCGUAUUGGAAGUUUUAUUGAUAAUGGUCGUCUCGAGAUAACUAAUAUCCUUGGAAUCGGUGCCUAUGGUGUAGUUUAUUCUGCAAAACAUGUUUUAAAUCAACAUGUAUAUGCGGUAAAAUGUAUGCCAAAGACAAAUAUUGAUGCAAGACAACAUCGAUUACAUGAAUCAGAGAUAAGAUUACACGCUCAAGUUUCAGGCCAUCCAAAUAUCAUAAGUUUAGAAAAAGUUGUUGAAACCUCUGAUACACUUAACGUAGCACUUGAAUAUUGUCAUGAGGGUGAUUUAUUCUCAAUGAUAACUGAAAAAGGUGGUUAUCUUGGAAAUGAUCAACUUAUCAAACAAGUUUUUAUACAAAUACUCGAUGCUGUACAAUUUUGUCAUUUUAACGGAAUUUAUCAUCGAGAUUUAAAACCUGAAAACAUCCUAGUCUUUGAUGGAGGAAGGACUGUAAAACUUGCUGAUUUUGGUUUGGCUACAACUGAUUGUUGGUCGAGGGAUUUCGGUUGUGGAUCAACUUUUUAUAUGAGUCCAGAAUGUCAAGGUGGACUAAAUAAAAGAGUACGAGGAUAUGCAACCGCUUCCAAUGAUGUAUGGUCUUUAGGAGUUAUUCUUAUUAAUCUUACUUGUGGUCGUAAUCCUUGGAAACAAGCUUGUCUUCGUGAUGAAACUUUUUCCGUAUUUUUACGAGAUCGUGAUUUUUUAAAGACAAUUCUCCCGCUUUCUGACGAACUCAAUGAAAUUUUAAAAGAUAUCUUUACUCUUGAUCCUGAAAAACGCAUUUCAUUGGAUGAACUUAGAGAACGUAUACUCUCAUGUCGCAAAUUUACUGUAUCAGAAUAUGACGAUUUUAUCGAAGAGGAAGAAAUCUCUUCAACAUCACAUGAUCGUUUAUCUACAAGUUCUUCCGCUACUGCUUGUUCAUGGUAUUCAAUGAAUUCAGAACUAGGUUUCUCAGCUGCCCCUUCGGAAUUCGACGAUUAUGAUCGUUGUUCAACUUCAAAUAAUUCUGCUUCUUCUUUGUCAACUUUAGCAAAUAGUCAGCCAGAUUUGAUUAAAUGUAUCGAUCAUGACUUGGAAUUCAAUCUGAAAUGCGAUGACCAUUUAAUGGAAAAUCAAAAAAUUCAGACUAUAUAUACCUUUUAA